AUGUCUAGUGGACUGCGUCAACCUGAACGUCGUAUUCAAGCCAAACGGCUGCAGUUCAACAGGAAUUGGCCAUCGCCUCCCGGCGAGAUCAACCUACGAAUCUCUUCUUCAUGCACUUUCAUGCGAAAUCGAGUUCUCCCCAACAGUAUCUGCAAGCAUGGAAAUCAAAGCCUAGGUCUCCUGCUCGGCGAGGUGAUAGUGUACAUGUUUCUAAAGGUUUAA